CCGAGGACAAGGUCACCUGUUUGAAGUCACCUCAAGCAAGGAUAUGAUUUUCGCAAGAAUUUUGAAGUGCAAGGUGUUGUUGAGGGCCCUGUCUCUCAUCUUCAUUGGUGUGUUCCUUUAUUUUGUCCUUUGGGAAGCUGGCUCUAACUGGCUGUCAGUGUCUGAUCUCAGAAUACCACAGCAGUUCUCUGCUGACCUGCCCGGCUGCUUGGCUAUCAUCAGCGGAGACACCGAGGGCAGGAAAAGCAAAUUAGCAGAGCUUCUGGCAUCCAGGAAAAGAGAGAAACCUUUAUCUGAGGACUUCUACAUAAAUGAGACACAAGACUGUCCAGCUUACAUUAAAAAGAGAGGAUUCAUUACUGUGCCUCUCAGUGAAGAGGAGAGAGAUUUUCCCAUUGCCUACUCCAUGGUGAUCCAUGAGAAGAUUGAGAUGUUUGAGCGACUUCUCCGAGCUAUUUACACUCCUCAGAACAUCUACUGUGUGCAUGUGGACCAGAAAUCCACGGUGAAAUUUAAGAGGGCUGUGAAGGCCAUUGUUUCCUGCUUACCUAAUGUGUUUGUAGCCUCUCGGAUUGAAAGAGUGGUAUACGCCUCAUGGUCCCGGGUGCAGGCAGAUUUGAACUGCAUGAAAGAUCUGCUGAGCUCUCAGGUCCAGUGGAGGUACAUGCUCAACACCUGCGGGUCAGACUUCCCCAUCAAAACCAACAGAGAGAUGGUUCAGACACUGAAGGUCCUCAAUGGAAGAAACACUAUGGAGUCUGAGACCACCAAUGACUACAAGAAGGGCCGUUGGCAGUAUCACUACAAUGUCACUGACAGCGUCAUCAGAACAGAUGUGAAGAAAAGUCCUCCGCCCAUUAGCAGCCCCAUGUUCUCGGGAAGUGCUUACUUUGUGGUCACAAGAGCCUUUGUGAAACAUGUGAUGGAGGACAGAGAGGUUCAGAAACUGCUUGAGUGGGAGAGGGACACCUACAGCCCCGAUGAGCACUUAUGGGCCACUCUGCAGAGGAUGCCCUCUGUUCCCGGAUCAGUGCCCGCCAACAGCAAGUACGAUGCAUCAGACAUGCUCGCCCUCGCUCGCGUGGUGAAGUGGAGCUAUUUAGCAGGAGAAGUGAGGGAUGGAGCCCCGUACCACCCUUGCACUGGCACUUACAGAAGAGCAGUGUGUGUGUACGGAUCUGGAGACCUCCAGUGGCUCCUGAGACAACAACAUCUCCUGGCAAAUAAGUUUGAUCCCGAGGUUGAUGAUACUGCUAUCAGAUGUAUGGAGUCGGUUCUGCGAUUCAAAGCUUUAGGUCAUGACCUGCUGUGAGCAGACCAGUGUUCCACCAUUCUGUAAAGCUUGCAAUUAUUUGAAAUGUAAAAUAUAAUGUGUAACCUCAGGGAACACUUUGAACAGGAACUUUAAAUAUUAUGGAAACCAUAUUAGUUUAUCAAAAACACUUUUAAGGGUCUUCUACCUGAAAUAUUAUGUGCCUGUUAUUCUCAAAUUAUCUAUUUUGUGAGGGAAUUUCAAACAAUAUGGCCAUUAAUUUAACUGUCAGUGGGUUUUAGAUCUUAUGCAAUUUUCACGUAUUUUGUGCAUCUUAAUAUCAUUGUUAAGCUAUUCCUAUGGAUCUUGGUAUGUAGUUUCUUAUGAUUUCAAUGAAAUCUAUAUUUGUGGUGCCAUCUAGUGGAUUUUAAGUGGAAGCAAUCUACAUAGCAAAAAAUAUCUAUAGCAACUUGGUCAUUAUUUCAACCUUGCCAAGCAUCGCCCUACUCACUAUAUUAUGUGCUGAUAAUACUUCAUUUUGUUACAACUGCAAAACUGGUACUGAAUGGGAUAAAACAAAAAACAAAAAACAAAAGUGAUGUGGAUCCACGAUUUUACUUGGAGAAAAUGUUGCAUUAAGACCUACAUCUUUGUUUCAGAUUGUUGCUCACGCGAAUGCUCUGCCUCCACAAUUCAGAGGGCACAUUCAAGUGAUGGGCAAAAAAUAAAACUUUAUUUUCCCCAGGCAGGAUUUUAACAGAGAACGUCAGCAGUGAACAGUGAAAAAGGUGCCGUCAAAACUUGUUCUAUGAAAUGUCACUCAGUGGGUCAGAGACCUAAAAUGCAGUUUAAAAUCAGAGCAACCAUAAAAAUAUAUUAAUUUCUCUCCAUUGUCACCUUUUGAAUAUAAAUAUAUAUUUAAAUGUAAUAAAGCAGAACAUGCAUCAACCACUUGUAACAGAGUGCCUUAAAUAACGUGUAGAUACAACAGUAACUAGGGAACACCAAUAAGAUAAGAUUGACUUGAUAUACCUGCAGUAAAUAAAAAAAAGAUUAAAAACGUUUGAGACAGCAUGUGAAAAAAAACGCUGAGGAUCGAGCUGUAAAAACUUCCACGACGUAACAGGCAGCAUAGUUUCAAAAAGGCACUUUCUUGAUGCAAAGAGCUAAUUCUCCAGUCACAUUGCCCAGAAUAUAAACAGAAGAGUGGCUGCGGUUCUAAACAUUCUUCAUCGUUCUCCUCCUCCUCCUCCACGUCUCGCAGUGCGGGCAGGGUCACUCUGGAACAGCGGCGGCUGCGAUCUCCACUUUGCCGUGCAUGUCUUGGUCGAUUCUGCAAACAAAUUCAGAAGUCAUUAGACAUCUGUCUAAUGAGAGGCUACCACACCUUUCAUAUGAUCACAUAUUGUUAUCAUUACCUUUACACCAUUAUAAAUUAUACUUUGUCUGAGUGAAUAUAUCUUUUUUUUUAAUUUACCAGACAUAUUCCCCAAACAAAUGCCUUAUUUGGUCUGUUUAUAUUUUACAUACUCAACACUUGACCAAAAUACCAUUCCUGCUCCUUCUACUUAAAGCACUUCAAAUAUCUUGGAAGUACAAACCAUCAACAUCAGCUGUAUUAUCGUGAGCUUCUUACUUCCCUUUAAACUUUUUAAGACAAAUGCACUAAUGUGCGCUUCAGUAAGUCUGCUUUCAUUAUCUGCAGCACACACAGCAUAUAUUGUAUACAUACACUUAUUGUAUGACAUCUACAGCUGUUUGCAUGCUUUGAAUUUAGGCAAGCCUGUGAAUUACCUGAAUGAGUGCAAACUUUGUGCUUUAAAUGUGCAAUUUUUGUUAGUCAGAAAGACUUUGCUUUAAAUCCAGGGCAAUGUGUGAGGUUUUUAGUGCAUUUGUCUUGCAAGUUUGUCAAUCACCAUAGAAACUCGUGCACCUAAUAGCUAAGUACAACUGAUUGUGGCAGUGUUUUUUUGUACACAAUACAGUCUUCUACACCACAGUUAUUAUUUUUCUAAUGUUCUAACAUCCCAUGAUACUUAAUCAGCAAAUUAAUCACCUCAGCAACUGAAUGCUCACUACUUAUCAGUAACGAGCAGAAUGUUUCAGUGUGCAUGAGCGAGGCUGACAAAGGUUUGAGUUACUAAACAUCAGCAGGGAGUGGGGAUAUAGAGAGCCAUGCAAAGAGCUGUGAGAGAGGACAAGCCGGGUGUUUGGUGAGGACGAGUUACUGAGAGGAGCCAUGUGAGGCCAUGGUUACUGUGCAACCACACACCACAGUGACUAAGACGAGCUACUUCCUUGUAGUUCCACCCCAUUCAGUAGUACAAACACGACCAGACUUACCCAACAUCGACUUCAUCAAAUUCUAAACCUGGUUUUUAAAAGACACAUGCAUGUAAGAGCGACUCGAUGCCCCAAAUUCAAUAUCAGAAAGCAGCAAUGCAGUCAUCAACACCAAAACUAAAGGUGCGUGCUAUGUUUUAAACCACACGCAGAUAGCUGAUAUUAUUUUGAGGCAAUAAAUACAGAACGCAUGUAACACAAACUGGCUUUGAGAUUAACUUCACAGAAUUGGCUCAGAAAUGGGAUUUAGUUGGUUAAACAAUCACCAAGCCACCUAUUUUUGGAAACCAAUCAAACAGCUUCUCAGCCUGCUUUUAAGGAACUUGUUACAUCUACUGAGAGGAACAAAGUGGGACAUUCGGGAGGAAAGUUGUUGAUUUGGGCUGGAAGGUAACAGGAAAUCAUCCGACUAUAAAACAACGGGACAGAAUGAGGUGUAUUGGUGCAUUUCUGAAAGCCAACAGAUCAUUUCGUUGUUAGUUUUGUGAAAUGCAAAAUGCUGAGACUGAUCCUGGGUGAAAGUGCAGAUACCUUUUACGGCUUUUCCUAUUUUUUUCGUCGUCAAACCUUAAGAGGGGGGCAGGGAAAUGGAGUUAAGGAAAGGAGAAAUACACAGCCAACAGCAACCAAACAUCCAAAAGAGCAAAAGAUUAAAAAAACAAAAACAAAAAAACAUUUGAUGAGUAUUUGUGUUGAAGCAUUUUCAAAUGCCACGAGAAUACAAGAUCCACCUCAGGUAAGCCACAUCAAGGAAAAAUACAGCAUGAGCGAGGCAUAUCAGUAAAGGUUACAACUAGAAAAUGAAGAAUAUAUUCUUUAAAAGCAGUUUAUAGGACAAAAUGAUCUGGACGCAGUUCUUUUCAGUAACGCUGACACCUGCUGAAAUGUUAAAAGACAUAAGAUCAAGGCUUUACUAUACUCUACAUGUAUAUUUUACAAAAGGAAAAUGUUUAGACACUGUAGUUUGCAUUUGGAUCUCUUCCCCAUCAUACAUACAGUGUAAGUAAGACAAGUAAUCAUGCUCAUGGGCAGACAGCGUCCAUGAUUUUGGAAAAUACCUGAAUCCCACCUGAGAAUAUCAGGCUGAAUUGUGCAAAAUUUCAAGCGAGUCAGACUCAUAACCACUGACAUCUCAUCUACGGUGGCCACACAGGAACAGCAGAAUGUUGCUGUAGCACCACCUACAGACAAAACGCAACUAAUCUUUGCAGCAUCAGUCAGAGCUGAUGCUGUAGAGGCUGGAUGAAAUCUGUAGGAGGGCAGAAAGGGAAGGUGAUCUAUCCUGAUCUGGUCAUGGUUUAUGUAGUUACUAAAUCAAGUGAGCAGCCAUGUAUUGCUCCGCUGCACAGCCGCUUUUAGCUGUGAGGUCUGCGAUCACCGGGUCCACUUCAUGUAGGAACAAAACAGGUCUUAUUAUGAUUCAACCCUCUACUGGGAACCACCCUAAAAGGUAAACAUGUGAUUGCAUACUUAAGCGUUAGAGGUGACACCUUGUCAUCACUUAGUAUAAAAAACUGAGGGCCAUGUCACCAAAUUUCUGUUAUGGCCUUGGAUUUACAUUCCUUAGCUUGCAGAGACCUAGCUAUUUUGACUUUUGCCAUGGAUUUUGUCUUGUUUUAAAAGAGCUUGAGAAAUAGUGAUGUGUAUGAGUGGAGCAUACUUACUGUUUGAUACAAUCUGGUAUGGACACAUACUCCAUUGGAACCAACGCUGCCAGGUCUGUCAAGCUGUACACAUACUUGAUUUUCUGACUGAAUUUGGAGCUGUGAAAAAGAAGAAGGAAAUGUCAGAAUCUAAAGGUUAGACCUGUAUUUUAUUAUUCUAAUGGACUAAAACAUUUAAGUCACCUUAUGAAAGGUUUUGUGAGUGCCAACAGGGUGCGAAUAAACCAAGAGGGAUGGACGAUU